AUGUUUACCCGGACGCUUCCUCAACUUUCUCGAUACCGAUUUGUCUAUCGGGAUAAUAAAGUCCCAUUCUAUCAGAAACUCUUCCAGACAAAUGAUGGCAAGCGUAUGUGGUGGAAGAAGUGGCUGGCUGAUGUGGCCCUAUCUGAUCUCAACCUACACUCUUACUGCCGGUGGGGACAUAAGACUUGGUUUGGAAAGGAUUGA